AUGCCUCCGACCGUGUACGCCCCCAAGGGCAAGGUUGAGCCUUUCCUCGACCAUGCCAUCACGCGCCACUACCUGUCAGCCGCGGGCGUGCCCGACCAGGGCGGCAAGAUCAUUGCCGAGUAUGUCUGGAUCGGCGGCAGCGGCGCGGACCUGCGCUCCAAGUCGCGCACCCUGGCCAAGAUCCCCACCAAGCCGGAGGACCUGCCCACCUGGAACUACGACGGCUCCUCCACCGGCCAGGCCCCCGGCGAGGACUCUGAGGUGUACCUGGUGCCGCGCUCAAUCUUCAAGGACCCCUUCAGGGGGGGCGACAACAUCCUCGUGCUGUGCGACGCGUACGAGCCCCCGCGUGUCAACCCCGACGGCACGGUGACGGACAUCGUCCCCAUCCCCACCAACACGCGCGCCGCCGCGGCCGCCGUUAUGGAGAAGGCUGCCGCCGAGGAGCCCUGGUUUGGCAUUGAGCAGGAGUACACCCUGCUGAACGCCCUGACCAAGUGGCCGCUGGGCUGGCCUGACAACGGCUACCCCGCGCCCCAGGGCCCCUACUACUGCUCAGCGGGCGCUGGCUGCGCCAUCGGCCGCGACAUCGCCGACGUGCACUACAAGAUGUGCCUGUUUGCCGGCGUGAACAUCAGCGGUGUCAACGCAGAGGUCAUGCCCGCCCAGUGGGAGUACCAGGUCGGCCCCUGCGUGGGCAUCGACGGCGGCGACCACAUGUGGAUCAGCCGCUACAUCAUGUACCGCGUGGCGGAGAUCUUCAACGUAGACGUCUCGUUCGACCCCAAGCCCAUCCCCGGCGACUGGAACGGCGCCGGCGGCCACUGCAACUACAGCAACAACGCGACCCGCGCGGCGGGCACUGGGUGGGACGCGAUCCAGGAGCAGAUCGCCAAGCUGGAGAAGAGGCACGCGGUGCACAUCGCGUCGUACGGCGAGGGCAACGAGCGCCGCCUGACCGGCAAGCACGAGACGUCGUCCAUGGAGUCAUUCUCCUGGGGCGUCGCCAACCGCGGCUGCAGCAUCCGCGUUGGCCGCAUGGUGCCCGUGGAGAAGAGCGGCUACUACGAGGACCGCCGCCCUGCCUCCAACCUGGACCCCUACGUGGUGACCAAGCUGCUGGUGGAGACCACGCUGCUGCUGUAG